ACACACACACGCGCACACAAACAUGCAUAAUGGAAAACACAAAAACAACAUCAGGGCUCCGAUAUCAGUAAAAGACCAGAUGAUCAUACUAUAAUGACAAAGUAGUUGAGACAGUGAGAGCAAUUGUUUUAUGGUAACCUGCUGUCAAAACGAAAGCUAUGAUGUUAAGAGUAACAGGGGUUAUAAUGUGCUCUGCUCAUGCAAAACAAAGAUCAUAAAUGCUUAAAAGGCUUUAACUUGCCGCAUGAAAGGGAACACAUGAAGAAGCAAAAGUGAUCCUGCGGGUCAAAGCACAAUUAAUACACAGACAUAAUAAGAUACUUUUACUUAUUUACUUUGACUUCAUACUACAGCAGCCCUUACACAGUAUAGGCAUUGUUGCAUGCAGUAUUUGGGACAUAUUACUCCGUCAUACUGCAACUUGAAACUUUGACCUUCUUUGUCAUAUAUUAAAAAAACAGAGGAUUGUGGUUCAGAAUACACACAAACACGAGUCAAAGCAAAGGUAAAGCCGCUGUAAUAAGAAAACACACGGGCGUUUAAUCUCCCUGUUGAUGUACAAAGUGCCUCUAUUUCUCUGCAUGCAUGUUGGUGGUGAGAGAUACAGCCGGGCAGAUCCGUGUCUUCCCCCGCUCACGUGUGUGUACCUGCUGCUCCGCGGCGCCUGUCAAGCUGUCGCUAAAGCCGAGAGGAGAGCUUAUUGUGGGAGCUGCUCCUGCUGCACCAUAUCGGGAACAGACCGCGUUUCUCCACCGAUCUCCAGCCAUGGCUCCAAGUAAACGCUGUCUCCUCCGAGGGCAGAGCACCACACCGGGAGGAAAGGGUUGUCUGUAAGCCGCACAUAUUGCCUCUACAAGACUGGAAAAAAGGCUUCAGCAUCACUUUGAAUUUGUCCACGUGUUUUGACAAGUCUUUGAGAAUGAAACGAGGAAAGACAGGUCUCAAAUCAAAGUGCCAGCGCUUCCCCUCUCAUGUGGGGAGGGCUCAAAGACCGAAGCGAGGGACGUCCAGCUUUGCCCUGACUUCAGCAGAGGACUGGGGUAACCUGCCCCACCACGUCGUCCUGCAGAUCUUCCAGCAUCUGUCUCUCGUUGACCGGGCCAGGGCCUCGUCGAUGUGUCGCUGCUGGAAUGGCGUCUUUCACUCCCCUGAUCUGUGGAGGAGGUUUGAGUUUGAGCUCAAUCGGUCAGCCACGUCUUACCUGCGCUCCACUCAUCCUGACCUCAUUCAGCAGAUCAUUAAGAGGCAUGCCCAGCACCUGCAGUACGUCAGCUUAAAGGUGGACAGCUGCACUGAAUCUGCAGAGGCGGCCUGUGACAUUCUCUCCCAGCUGGUGAACUGUACCAUUAAGACCCUGGGGUUAAUUUCCACAGCACGGCCCAGCUUCAUGGAUAUGUCUCAGGCCCACUUUGUGUCUGCACUGACAGUUGUGUUUGUCAACUCCAAGUCCCUGUCCUCUAUCAAGAUUGAUGACACGCCAGUGGACGACCCGUCCCUGCAGGUGCUGGUUGCCAACAACAGCAACACCCUAAAGUUUCUGAAGAUGAGCAGUUGUCCUCAUGUCUCCCCAGCAGGUAUCCUGUUUGUAGCAGACCAGUGCCAUGGACUCAGGGAGCUGGCGUUGAACUACCAUCUCCUGAGUGACGAGCUCCUGCUGGCCCUCUCCUCUGAAAAACACGUCCACUUGGAUCACCUGCGCAUUGACGUGGUGAGCGAAAACCCUGGGCAGACACACUUUCACACCAUCAAAAGAAGCAGCUGGGAGGCCUUGGUCCAACACUCAGCCAAGGUCAACAUUGUCAUGUACUUCUUCCUUUAUGAGGAAGAGUUUGAGCCCUUCUUCCACGAGGAGACUCCCGUCACCCACCUGUACUUUGGCCGGGCAGCUAGCAAAGAGAUGCUGGGACGCAUCGGACUGAACUGUCCUCGGCUGGUGGAGCUCGUGGUGUGCGCCAACAGCCUUGAGCCCCUGGACGAGGAGCUGAUCCUAAUCGCCGAACGCUGCAAAAGCCUGACUGCCAUCGGGCUCGGCGAGUGUGAAGUGACCUGCAGUGGCUUUGUGGAGUUUGUAAAGAUGUGCGGGGGCAGGUUGACUCAGCUGUCAAUCAUGGAGGAGGUGUUGAUCCCAGACAGCAGCUACAACAUGGAGCAGAUCCACAGUGAGGUGUCCAAGCAUCUGGGCCGCAAGUGGUCCCCUGAUAUGAUGCCCACCUGGUAGGCUGACAUGAAGCCAGAGCGGAGGGCUGCAGUGGGAUAGGCUCUUGUUGGUCAUCAGUGUUCAUGGGUCCUUUCCAAAGCUGUCACUUGUAUUUCUACCUGCAGGAGACUUGAUGUAAGACUUAAAAACUGUCUGUCUUGUGAGCUUUGUCUCUAUGCAUAGACAUUGUGAUGAAACAUCUUGCAUGUAGUAGGUUCUUUUGGUCUGUGAAGGAUGGUCAGAAUGUACAGUCACUCACUGCAACCGUUUAACCAUUGAGCCCAAAGGAUGUGGAUCUGUCAUCUGUUGGCUAGUAUUAAAAGCGUCACACUAAACAGCAUUUCCCUGAGGACUAACCAUAGUGAUACCAAUGCAGCACAGAGAGAACAGGAGUUCCCAGUUGAGGCAGAGCAAGAGUCGCAGCUUCAUGUAAAACUCAAUUGGUCUUUUGUAUUCUUGUCUAUUUAUGUUUGUCGGUGGAGCUUAAUAAUUGAUCCUAAACCACAGUUAGUUAACAUAUCUGAAAUAACUUAGCUUUAGACAUCUAAACCAUUCAUACUACUAUCCUCUUUCUUCACAGCUGAAAUUGAUUUGAUUUUCCUUUUUUUGUUCCUUGAGUGUCAUUUAAAGGUCAUAUACUAUAAGCUUACAAAAAUAUAAUAAAUCCCAAAAGGACCGCAUAAUACAAUGAACAUCACCUAUAGUUAUUAAUAGUAAAAACUGUUUGGGGAUAGGGGGAUUGUUGUUCUGGUGUCACAGGUUUUCAUGACAAAAUAAUCUUUUUUUUUUCAGAUACAUUUAAAAAAGAUUCUAGAUGGACAUCUUUGUUCAUUUAGCACAGAUGAACGUUUUCACACUGGAUGUCUUUAAUGUGUUCAAAAUAGAGGCCUUCAUUUCGUUUCAUUUAUUUUAUUUUUGUGCAAUCUUAUUUUGUGUAAAACACAAUAGGGACACAGUAUUCAGUGCCACACUGUAACCCAAUGCGUUUAAAAAAGCCUUGCAUUUAAUAAUUUGUUACAUUUGUUUAUGUAUGUGCAGCAGUGACAAAGUUGCUCAGAUUUGGAAGAAUUCUGCUUU